AUGCGAACAACAUUACUUCCAGUCCUAUGCCUUGCGGUAGCUGCCGAGGCUCAGGAGCUUCACCUCACAACGACAGGAUAUACAGCCCGGCCUCAGUGUUCAAAGUCAUUCGCCUCACCAAGCUAUUACUUCCAGCCAUUUUCCUAUUCAUUGAGCGAAACGGUUCGCUAUGCGACUUCAAUUCCUUCUCCGACGGUUACAAGGACGUAUGCUCCGGCAUACAAAGAUGCAGCCAAACACCUGACCACGAAUGUUUCCACAACAACUUGGGGCAGCUGGCUUCCUGGUAAAACCGCCAUCCAUGCCACAGAUACUCAUGAUCCCUAUGGUCAAGCCGCAUGGUCGUCCAUGUGGUUGGAAGCGGAUCUACAGAACUACACUACCACCGGAAUGUUUUCGACAACCGUCAGUCCAACUCCGGUUCCAACUAGCGAGCUAGUCCUGCCGCCCCGCGACUAUUUUGGUCCUACAGACUGUUACGAUUUCCCCCGGGAUUUUGUUUUCGGCGUUGCCGGGAGUGCGGCUCAGAUUGAAGGCGCAAUUGCGAUGGAGGGGCGCUCGCCAUCCCUGCUGGAAAAACUGAUAUCAGGUGACAAGCCAAAGGACUAUGUUACCAAUGAGAACUACUUUCUCUAUAAGCAGGAUAUUGAGCGAAUAGCAGCCAUGGGUGUGGAAUAUUACAGCUUUACAAUUCCAUGGACGCGGAUUCUACCUUUUGUUCUACCUGGCACACCGGUUAAUAAACAGGCUAUUGACCAUUACAAUGACCUCAUCAAUACGGUUCUUGAUGCCGGAAUGCAGCCUGUUGUGACGAUGCUCCAUUUUGAUAGCCCCCUCAUGUUCGUGGCCAGCGACAACAUCACUCGACAUCCCGAUAUAGGGUAUAACAAUGCAGGCUAUCAGAAUGAGACAUUUGUUGAUGCAUUCGUCAACUACGGCAAAAUUCUCGUGUCAAACUUCGCAGAUCGAGUUCCUAUCUGGGUCACUUUCAAUGAACCACUACUCUACUCGUUCAACUUUCAGGGUGUCGAUAAUGUUGUCCAUGCACAUGCCCAAGUAUAUCGAUUCUACCAUGAAGAGUUGAAAGCCACGGGAAAGAUGGGCAUUAAAUUCAAUGAUAACUUUGGUGUUCCAAAGAACCCGAAAAAUUCCAAGGAUGUUCAGGCAGCCAAUCGAUUCAACGAGAUGCAACUUGGCUUUUUUGCGAAUCCCAUUUUUCUCGGCAAACAAUACCCCGAUUCAAUUUUAAAGACACUCCCCGGAGCCAGAUCAUUGAACAAAACUGAGUUGGAAUAUAUUGGUCACACAGCAGACUUCUUUGGCAUUGAUCCCUAUACAGCAACAGUGGUCUCUCCGGCACAUGAGGGGAUCAGUGCCUGUGCGGCAAAUAGCUCAACCACCAACUCGCUUUUCCCAUACUGUGUCAACCAGGAAACAAAGGAUGUCUACGGGUGGAAUAUUGGCUAUAGGUCGGAAUCAUACGUCUAUAUCACCCCGACUUACUUCCGCGAGUAUCUGUCCUAUCUGUGGAAUACAUUUCGACAUCCUAUCCUAGUCUCUGAAUUUGGCUUCCCUGUGUGGGACGAAGCUGAAAAGGAACUUUCGGAUCAACUUUUUGACUCGCCUCGCAGCACUUACUACCUAUCAUUCAUGUCCGAGAUUCUCCGCGCCAUCUACGAGGAUGGGGUACAUGUGAUGGGCGCUUUGGCGUGGAGUUUCGUCGACAACUGGGAGUUUGGAGAUUACUCUGCCCAGUUCGGGCUUCAGGUCGUCAAUAGAACCACGCAGGAUCGGUUCUAUAAAAAGAGCUUUUUUGACCUGGUAGAUUUUGUGAAGGCAAGACAGCACUGA